AUGUUGCUGUUCGAUAGCGGAUGCACCAUUGAACACAAACAAUAUAAACUUAUAAUUUUCAAGCUAAUUUCCAUAUGCAAAUACUUAGGAAAAGACUGUGCUGAUAUUUAUCACAAAGGUUUAAAACAAAGUGGAAUUCAUGUAAUUAAUCCUGAUGGAAAGGGAAGUUUCAAAGUGUUUUGUGAUAUGACAACAUCAGGUGGAGGAUGGACUGUAUUUCAACGUCGUCUUGAUGGAAGUGUUGAUUUCUACCGAGGAUGGCAAGAUUACAAACAAGGUUUUGGUAACUUGAGCGGGGAAUUUUGGCUUGGUCUUGACAGAAUACACAUGAUGGCCAAUAUUUCACAAAAUGAACUUCGUAUCGACUUGGAAGAUUUCUCUGGAAAUACCAGAUACGCUCAUUAUGAUUCAUUUAAUGUCAGCAGCGAAAAUGAGAAAUACAAGUUGAAUGUUGGAGGUUAUCAUGGUACAGCAAAAGACUCCUUGAGAAUACAUGACGGAAUGGCUUUCACCACCAAGGACUCUGACAAUGAUACUUGGGAUGGUGGUAACUGUGCAGUGUUAUUCAAAGGAGCCUGGUGGUAUUAUGAUGGUCAUCAUUCCAAUUUGAAUGGUUUGUAUCAUUAUGGCCCACACACAUCGCACCCUGAUAAAAUCAUCUGGCAGCAUUGGAAAGGAUAUAAAUAUUCUCUGAAAUCAACAUCGAUGAAGAUACGACCACGUGAAUUUGGAAAGAAGAAAUAGAGUUGAUGAACAAU